AGUUUCGAUAAAAUGUUUAAAAUCAUGGUAUUUUCGAUGUCGCUCAACAAAUCACACCCAAAAAUACCUCGAAAUCUUAAGUGGAUCGGUCAAUUCACAAUAAUGCAUGGCAUAUUUUUCUUCACGUACUGUUUGCUAAUUUAUAGCACGAUAUUUCACGAUUUAAAAAAUAACGACAUUUCGCAGGCGUGUGCAAAUGGCAUCCUAAGUGUAAUAUUCAAUGUGGUCUCGCUCCAAUACGCAGUCAUGGUGUGGCAUCAAAGCAAAUUCCAUGAUAUGAUUGAGAUAAUGAAGUUCGACUACAAACUUGCACAAACUUUGCCUAAAGAGGAGUACGACAUUGUGUUAUGUUAUGCGAAGAAGAGUAGAACGAUCGUUUACCUUUGGUUGAAAAUAGUUAUCUGCGUUGCUAGCUUGUUUCCUAUCAAAUCUUUUACGCUUAUGUUGUAUUAUCAUGUUAUUGGCGAAUUCAGAUACGUUCCCUUGUAUGAUAUUACUUACCCAGAGCCGGUGGAACUCAAUAAAAACAAUUUAGCCGUUUUCCUGGCACUCUACGUAUUGUUCUUAUUUUACGAUAUUUAUGCUAUGUUUAUGUAUUUGGCAUUUUCGCCGUUGGGUCCCAUUUUAAUUUUGCACGUUUGUGGACAGUUGGAAUUAUUAAGGAAUAGGAUUUUGAAAACAUUUUCUAAGAGCAACAACACAGCAGCGUCGAUCGGAACUCUAAAACGAAUAGCGAUACAUUUUAUUGAAAUAUAUGGCUUUGCGGCUCGAAUAAAUAGUAGUCUACGAGUAUUUCAUGAGCUUUUGUUUAAAGCUGGAGCUAUCAUUCUACCAAUUACUUUUUAUCAAAUUAUCGAGACUGCUAAAAGGGGUCAAGUGAGCGUCGAAUUCAUAUCAAUUAUAUUUGGAGCGGUAGCUAUCUGCAGCGUUCCUUGCUACUACAGCGAUGUGCUUAUGGAGAAGAGUGAGGACGUAAGAAGAGCGAUUUACUCCUGCGGCUGGGAGUCGAAUUGGGAUCCAGUGACGCGGUCGCUUCUCUUCCUCUUGCUGACUCGAGCGUCGCGACCCGUGGCGAUGCGGACUCUGUACCGUAACAUAUGUCUCAAUGUUUUAACUGAUAUUUACCACCAGGCGUACGCAAUAUUUAAUCUUUUAAAUGCUGUUUGGCAUUAA